ACAAGAGCGUGUUCAAAAGAAGACUUUUGUAAAUUGGAUCAACUCAUACCUCUCAAAGCGAGUUCCACCGCUUCGAGUGGAUGACUUGAUUGAAGACUUGAAAGAUGGCACAAAACUCCUGGCUCUACUUGAAAUACUCUCAGGGGAAAAACUGCCUGUAGAGCGAGGUCGCAACCUUAGAAGACCACAUUUUCUUAGUAAUGUCAACACAGCACUACAGUUCCUACAAAGCAAAAAGAUCAAACUAGUAAACAUCAAUGCAACGGACCUGGUUGAUGGAAGACCAGCUGUUGUGCUAGGACUAAUAUGGACCAUCAUAUUGUACUUCCAGCUCCGACUUAAGGAAAACCUGAUCGAAGAGAACACCCGAGCCUUAGCGUCCCUGGGCUACGGGUUCGGCAGCGCCAGCAGCCUCGAGGGCAGCCGAACACCCGACUCUACCAGCGAGAGUCGUCGCAAAGGAGAGGGGGCGAAACGAGCCCUCCUCAACUGGGUGUCUAACGCACUGCCAAAAGACAUUGGACUACAAGUGAAGGACUUUGGUCAGAGCUGGCGGGAUGGUCUAGCUUUCCUCGCCAUCGUGGAUCAAAUCCGCAAGAACGUUGUGGACAUGGCGGCACUGCGCCGGGCAACAAACAGAGUUAGACUGGAGGCUGCGUUUGAUGCUGCUGAAAGAGAGCUCGGUGUGGCCAGGCUGCUGGAUCCCGAGGACGUAGACGUAGACAGGCCAGAUGAGAAGUCCGUGAUGACAUACGUUGCUCAGUUUUUACACAAGUACCCUGAAUUGAGAAGUGAUACCGGAGACUCGCUCACUGCUAUACAGUCAGAAUACAGUUCACUCACACAUUGGCUGCAAGAGAGGAACCACUACCUACAGCAUCUUAGACAGACCAACUCUCUACCCAACAACUACCAGGAGUAUGCUGCCUUUGAAAAUGAGGUACAAAGCAGGGCAGAGUUGUACAACAAGCUUCACAAACUGGUUGACUCUCCUAGUCUUAUCAGUAUAACUGGAGAGUCCUGGAGGGAAAUAGACAGACUCUGGAGACAACUGCAUGCAGAGAUGCGCUAUUGGCUGAGGCUCCUGGACUCACAGUUGCCACCUCCGUUCUGUCAGGUAGGAGAGUGGCUGGCUCGGGCUGAUGAUCUGAUAGAGUCCGAUGACAUCCCUACAGCCAUGAAUGAGGAAACGGCAACCAUCAUCAGUCGGAAACUAGAGGAACAUAAGGCAUUCUUCGCCGAGCUGCCCAACAUAGAGGCUAUGUUUGAGAAGGGUGUGGUGUCUGGUGUCUCAGCGCAGGUACCUCAAGCUCAGCUGGAGCAUAUGGGUCGCAGACUGCGCAGUGUGCCACCAAGAUCUGCCCGUCGCAGAAUACGACUCAAGUUCCUUGAACAUAAGUGCUGCUUGAUAGCGUUCCUGCACCUGACGGAGACAAAGCUACGAGGAUGGACAGUCAAGUACGGACGAGAGGACAAAGUGCAGCAAUUGUUGGAUCAAUACACAAACUUUGUGUCUCGUAACCGCAUCUUCCAGGAGUUCAACAAAGCCUACAUUGACAUGCAACAGGUGGUGGACGAGUACAAGAGAGAGGCCUGUGUCGACCAGAAAGAGAGCAUGAGCAUAGACAAGUUCAUGCGUGAGACGGGUGAGAGGUGGAAGCAUGUGUCCAUGGAGCUACGCUGUGUACAGUCCAUGCUGGAGGAGGUGGUGGCGUACUGGCGAAGGUGGAACUCCCUGUCCGAGGAGUUGCUACAAUGGCUGAGUGUGGCGGAGACCAAACUGGACCUGCCUGAGGAGGAGAGGAUGGAGUUUUUCCAGGACCUGAGUGUGUGGAAGGACAAGCAUCAGCUGUUGGGAGACACAGUCAGUUUCCUGAUUGCCACUUGUGAGGACAAAGUGUCGCAGGAGCUCAAGGAGAAAUACCAACAGAUCAACACUCGCUGGGAAGCACUGUUCCCGUGGGUGAAGCAGUACAUGCACGCAGGAGACAUUCUACGCAACCGUAAGGACUACCGAGCUGGAGUGGAGAGACUACAAUUGUGGCUACGCAAUGUCGAGGCCUUCCUGUCUUCGCCUCAGCUGGGCUCUACAGAGAAUAUAAAGGCUUAUGGUCAACAGUUACAGAAACUGCAAGGAGAAGUCGAGGACAUGGAAGAGCUUUUCAAGAGCAUCAGCAAAAAGUUUCAAACCCUAAUACAAGACUUAUCCAGAGAAGAAGUAGAUAGAAUGAUGAACACACUGAAGAAAGAAAAGGAGAACCUAGUGAGAGUGAGAGCUUUGAUACCGUCACAACUACAGCUGUUCCAUCAGAUCCUAGUACAACAUGAGGCUCUAGAGGCUGGCCAGACAGAGAUCGCUCAGUGGCUAGACAACGCUGAGGGUCUCAUGGCAACUCUUUCUCUGACUGGAGGCAAGGAAGCUGUGCAGACGAACCUGGACAGACACAAGUCCUUCUUCUCAAGGAUGCUAUAUUACAAGUCAAUGCUUGAAAGCAAGAACAAAGUUUUCCAAAACAUUUGCAAGUCACUAGACCAGAAUGAAGGCAUAGAUUCAAGUGAUUUCAAAAACAAGAUGGUCGCUCUAAACCAGAGGUUUGCAGAUGUAGCUCAACGCGCUGUUAUGUGGGAACAGAAACUUCAAGAAGCAAUCCGCUGUUGGCACAAUUUCCGUGAGAUUGAAAGAGUCAUCGGAGACUGGCUGCAGAAUGCUGAGAAGUUAAUUGCGGAAAAACACGUUGACUCAAAGGCAACUGUUGAGAAUCACAAGGCAUUCUUUGAACACAUCAAUGAGAGGUGGCUAGGAGAGCUGGUCAAUGCAGCUCAAGAUUUGUCAAACUGUCUUCCACCUGAAGAUCACCCUCAAGUGUACAACACUGUGGAGAAGCUGCAGUCUAGAUGGAAGGAAGUUGUUUCAUUCGCUCCUCUUCAUCUGGUGAAGCUAGAGUUCCGCCUUGACGAGAACACAUUCAACCAAUAUAUAAAGGAAUUGGAGAAUGAACUAGCAGCCGAGACCCAGGCCUUCAACAGGAAUGAAGAUGUAGAAAAUAUUCUAACCAGGAACAAGCAAUGUUUCAUCUCCGGUCCUCCCGGCACUGAUGCCAAAAGAUGCUUGGCUGAUAUGACCAAGGGCAGUCUGUCAGUGAAGGGAGCAGCAGCCGGAGAAAUGGCUGAAGCUGUACGCAAGGCGGAGCAGCGAUGGGGCGAGAUAUGUCAACGAGCCGAGCAACUCAGGGGUCAACUACAACAGAUACCUGACAAAUGGAGGGUCUACAGACAGAGAUUUUCUGCAAUGGUUCAAUGGAUGGAUGCUGUUGAUGUGAGCAUAAAAAAUAUCCUCAAAGAACUUGCGACAGCUGAAGAGUUUGAGAGAGAGAAAGCAGUAUUCCAGGGUAUCUGUAGAGAAGUAGAUGGCAAGAGAGAGGAGAUGAAGUGGUUGGUCCAGACACUGGACGCUCUCUCCUCUCACUCACCUGACUCUGGGGAGGAGCAGACGAAGCUGCAACAGCUGAUCACUCGGUACAAGAACCUCAUACCUACUAUAGAGAUGACCGUCACUCGCACUGAACUGUACACCAAGUGUUACACUUACAAGAAGGAGGUGAAAGAGGUGUGUAACCUGCUGGAGAAGGUGUGUGAGAGUACAUUGCCUCGACCAGAGACACUGGCCUCGGUGGAUCAGCUGAUCAAACAACAAGAGACAGCUGUGGCUCAGCUGGACGCACACAGAGGCAACAUUGUCAGCAUGCUGCAGCAAGGCAAGGAUCUCAGCAAGGACAAGGCAGCUCCUCAGUUCAUCAAGGAGCAGGUGUUGUGUUUGGAGACUGAGUGGAAUCAAGCAUACAACACCACACUGGACAAACUCAACCAGCUCAAAGGAACACAAAAAGUAUGGCUGAAUUACCAGGAGCAAAAGAAUGAAAUCCUUGCUUUGCUGAACCAAGCAGAAGAAGAACUCAAACAGGUUGGUAGUGGAGCAUCUCCGAGACACAUUGCGGCUGAGUUGCAGUCCAAGCAGGAUCUGAGUGUUGCGCUCAGAGAAGCCACAGAAAACAUGUUGAAGAAGCUGCGAGAUCUCGGGGCUAACUUGGUGGCUGUGGCGGCCCCUGAGAAUAAACCCAUCAUCACCAAGGAGGUGGCUGAGAUUGGAGAUCGGCUGGAAACAACACUUCAUCACGUACAAGAACGAGUGCUCUCACUGGAGAAGUUGGCUGCUAAAUGGACCACACUAGAAACUCAGGUGGCGUCAGUGAAAGCGUGGAGUGAAGAAGCACCUGCAGCUGUUCAGAGCCUUCAGAUGCUGGAGGUAUCUCCACAAGACAAGCUCAGCAAGGCACAGCUUCUACAGGCGCAGGUGGCUGAGAGAGAGAACCUCAUAGACCAGCUGACCAAGGAGGCAGAACAGCUGAUUAAAGGAGGGGCUGAUGAAGAGGCUCAGCAGUUGAAGGCAGAGUUGUCUGUGCUGAAGCAGUCAGUGGCUGAGCUGAAGCAGCAGAUGCAAGGUCAAGGGUCAGCAUUGCAGAGGCAGUCUCAGUUGUGGCGAGAGUAUCAGCAACAGGUUGAUGUGCUGAAGCCAUGGCUGGAGAAGGCUGAGUUGCAGAUCAACAUGGGCACAAGCAAACCUGCGACACUGGCUGACGCUCGUGAGCUGCUCAGAGUCGUCAGGAUAUUCGUGGAGGAGUGUGUUGAGCAUCACAAGAUUGUGGAGAUGCUAUACACCAUAGGUCGAGAUCUGACGCCUUCCUCGGCACAAGACACUGCCAGUGCUCUGGCCAGUCGGUGUCAGGCUGUAGAGACAGCAGCGGGGCAGCGAGCUGAGAAGAUGGAUCGGUUAGUGAACCUGUGGGAUGAGAUGGAGGACACGGCACAUCAGAUGGAGCUAUGGCUUAACAGACCAGAGUUUGCUGAAGUUCUCAACUCUGACGUCAGCCCCAACUCUCUGUCAGAAGAGGAGUUGAAGAAACAACUAGACAAGUUGAAGGGCCUGAGUCAAGAUCUAUCAACGGCCCAGUCAGACAUGGCCUCAUUGAGUCAAACCGCCGAUUUGAUAUCUCAGAGCAUCGCAUUGGAAGGGGCAACUGCUCUCAAGAAUCGCAUCCAAGAAUUGAAGAGUAACAGUGGAAAACUGUCCGAGGCAAUCAGACAGAGAGCCAACCUUCUGGCCGAUGCUUUGGCAGCUAGACAAGAGUUCACCGCCUACAUGAACAAGUUCGGCGAGUGGCUGACCAUCAUGGAGACCAACACUGCGGAGGCUGCCGACGUGGUGCCCUCAGACCAAGCAGACGCUCGGGUACAGACACUCCACGCACUACAACAGGAGCACUGUGAGAAGCUGCCAGCCUUCCAGGCCAUCUACGACAAUGUGAAGCGACUCACCAACGGAGCCAACGCUCAGGAGGCCGAGCGGCUCAACCAGGUGUACACGGUCAUUGCAGCCAGAUACAGGGACCUAGAAGACAAGCUACAAAGCAAGAGACAAGCCCUGGAGAAGUGGAGGGAGUUGAGAGAUUGGAGCAAGGGAGUUUUGGAACAGAUAGAUCAUCUGCAUUAUCAGUUAGACUCCAAUGAGCCUCUGGACCAGGUGGAGGCAGAACUAGCCAAGUUGUCAAGUGAGGUGGAGACGUGGGGUAACACAGCACGAGGUGUCGACUUGCUGUGUGAACAAUCUGCAACGGAGGUGACAGGCAAGAGUGCUCGCUCUACAGUACACGAAGUGGCCACUAGGCUGGACAGGCUCAGGGCACAACUGACAGCUAAAAAACAGUUCCAAGCAAAAAUUGGGAAACAGUGGGAGGACUUCCAAACAAACCAACAUAAAAUGUCAGAAAAUCUGUUGGCAACUCAAGGAAGAGUGCAAGAAAUUGUGUUCAAUGCUGAUACUUGUCAAAAACUACCUUCGGCAAUCAAGGAGCUGGAUGUUCUAUGGGAAGCUCACAACACCACCAGAACUGCCAAGGAUGGUUUGGCUGCAGAAGGAAAAUCUCUCAUGGCUGAAGAUGAGUCCAAUGUCAACACAAUACAAAUCAUCCUCGCUUCAAUUGAUGCCAACUGGGAUAAGGUCAAUGAAAUAGUGAAAAACAAUAGAGCACUGCUAUCGAACAUUGUGUCUUCUUUACAAAAGUUUAAUCAAGCCAAAGAUAAGCUUUACAACGCUAUCAAAUCCGCGGAAACCAAACCAAAACCAGAAGAAGAGAAUGUCAACGACUUGACUCAAGCGACUAUAGCAUAUGAAAAAUGCAAGAAAUCAUUGGAUACUCUGAAGAAAGCCAAAUCUUCUUUAGAUCAGAUGGACACCAAGGCUGCAGAUAUUGCUAAACAAGUGAAGAAGCUUGAAUCUUUUGACUUGAGAGACAUCAAUAAUCAAGUGGAGAGUGCUCACAAUGAUUGGAAGAAAGCUCAAGAUGAUGUUAGUAAGCAAUUGCAAUCUGCAGAAGCUGAAAUGGUUAUUUGGAAACACAUCGAUGAGGCCAAAAAUGACUUGCUGCAAUGGAUCGGUGAAACAAAUGCUGCGCUAACUGAUGCUGCUGAAAAUGUUGCUGAUAGUGAGAUGGGUAAGACUCGACUUGCGGCUUAUAAAAAUGAUCUACCAGCAAAACUUACUUUGAGUGCAAACAUCAAAACAAAAACUGCUCAGCUGAUAAAGAUUCAUGGUGGAAAAUCCAUCCCUACUUUGGAAUCGCUCGACAAGUUGUUAGAGGAAGAGUUCAAUGACCUUGCUGAGCUUGCAAAGAAACUUGAAGAUAUUACAAACACUUUGGGAGAGAGUGAGAAAGCUGUGAAAGAUAAAAUUAAAGUUGCCGGAGACAAAGUGGGACAAAUUCGAGAGAAGCUUAUGAAAUGUGACAAUUUGACUGGAGAAAAUAACAAAAUUUUACAAAGACUAAAAACAUGCCAAGGGUUGAAAUCAGAAUUAAAAUCCUUGAAAUCUGAUGUAGAUACUAUUAAUAGCUCUGUGGACAGUUUAAAAAGUAACUAUCCAUCGUUUAUCGAUUCUCCUAUUGUAAAAGAAACUAACAGCUUGAACAAAAGAUAUUCUGGUGUAACCACUCAUGCAGAUAAAGUGGAAAAAACUCUUCUAACAUUCCUUGUAAAGUAUCACAAAGAAAAGUUGUCAGCUUUACAGAGAGGCAUAGCGACCUACAAAGAAAAAGUAUUAUGGUGCCGACCAGAACCAGGUAGUGAUAGGUACAAUCUAGAAGCAAAGAUAGUGUCCCUACAAGAUCUUGAGGCAGGAAUAAAUGAUUGUGAACAGAAGAAAAAGGAUCUUGAUGCCUCCUUUGAUAUGCUAAUGAAAAUUGAAGACGAUGUUAAUAUUCAAGAGUUAAAAGAAGAAAGAGAGCAAUUAGAAAAAGAUCUUGCAGCAUUGAAAGCUAGUUAUACUGAGACAAAGAAUACAUUAGACAGUAGUUUGGAUCUGUGGCAAAACUAUGAUGUGAAAUCUGAAAACUUUUCAUCUUGGCUAAAAGAUAUAGAGGCACAAGUAAGAACAGAAGGCAGCUCACAGACAGAUCUAUCAGUUGUUCCUGUCAAAGUGAAAGAAAUGGUAACAUUUAGAGGUGACAUAGAGAAGAAAGAACCUGAGCUCAAAGAAGUUGAAAAACUAGGUAAUUUGAUGAUGAAGCAAUGCCCUGAAUCCAGAGUUGGUCACUUUGUUGGUCAGUUGGCAACAAGAUAUCAGGCUGUCAGGAAGUUUGCUGAUGGAUUCAUAGAAAAACUUCAGACACUUGACAAAAAUCAUGGGCUUUACAACAACGCCAUUAAGAAAUCAGAGACCUGGUUAGAAGAAGCCAAUUCAAAGCUCACAAACUUUGAUGAGGCGAUCAAAGCUGGUGCCAAACCCUCUCUUUAUCAAGAAAAAUUGGAUGAGUUGAAGGUUUUCACAGAGCAUAGAGAGGCAGGACAGGUUCUGCUGAAUAAGGCAGUGGAGCAAGGAGAAGCUUUAUUCCCUGAUAUAACACCAGCCAACAGAGAUACUGUAAGAGCGCAACUGCGUAGCUUGCGUGAUUCCUCAGAAACUCUCAUUGACAAAGCCAAUGCCAUCACAAAGAAGAUUGAAGGUUUGCUGAUGCAACGGUCUUCCUUUGAUGACAGCUACAGCCAAGUAACACAGUGGCUCUCAGAUGUUGAUAAAAAAAUUGGCGAAAAACAUGAGUUGAAGUCUACUCUGCCAGACAAAAAAAUAACCCUGCAUAACUACAGGACUCUAGCACAGGAUAUUAACUCCCAUCAAGCCAUUUUCAAACAAUUAAAAGAAAAAAUUGCUGCUCUUUCUGAUUCAGAAGCAAGUGGAAAGUUUGAUGACAUCAUGAGUAAAUAUGAAAAAGUAUUGAAAAAAGUGGAUGACAGAGUGUCUCUUUCUGAAAAACAUGUGGUUGAUCACGAAGCUUAUGUUCAAGCACUUGAAAAAUUCAGAGAUUUUAUGAAUAUACUUGUUGCUGAAGAAGCAAAGUCUGAAAAAGACGGAACUAAUGCUCAGUUGGGAAUUUUGGAAGAUUUACUCCUUCAGAAGGAAGAAGGUGACAAACUUCUCAGCGACUGUGAUGGGAGGUUAAAAGCUGUUGUACAACAGACUUCUAAACCUGGUCAUGCCUUUUUGAUUGGCGAGCUUGAAGAGCAAAAGAACAACUGGAAUUCAUUUAUCAACAGGUGUAAUGAAAAUUUGAACAAGCUGAGACAAUUGUGCAGCAGAUGGACACAGUUUGAAGAGAAACUUGAAGAAAUUAAUGCUUGGUUGAAACAAAAAGAAAGCCAAGUAAAAGACCAGAGCCUAAGAAGUACACAGGAAGCCAAGCAGCAGCAUUUAGAUCGACUGCGAAAUCUAGAAGAAGAAAUCAUUAAAAAAUCUGACGACUUUUCUGCCCUGCAUUCUGAAGUCACUGAUGCUGGUGGUGAAUUAGUUGAAAAAGUAUCAAAGAUUACAACUAGAUACCAAACAUUGCGGAACCAAACAAAGGAGGCUGUGUCCCGGUAUGAUCAGUUUGUCAAGGAACAUGCAGCUUUCAACAGCAGCAACGCAGAGUUCCAACAGUGGCUCGGUGAAAGACAAGCGGAGGUGAAACAACACAGCGAGAUUGUCGGGGACCUGGCAGUGCUGCAGGAGAGGCAGAAGAAGCUGAGAGAGUUGGCGGAUGUAAAGUCUCGUGAGAGCGCAGUAUUUGACGGUCUUAUGGAGAAAGGAGAGAAACUCUACGCCCACACUUCCCCUGACGGACGAGAAAUCAUACGGCAACAACUCAGGACACUGAGGACGUUGUGGGAUGGGUUCUCUGAGGAGUUGCAGGCUGGCACUCUCCGUCUAGACCAAUGUCUGCUGCAGUUUGCUGAGUUCACCUUGGCCCAGGAGCAGCUCACUAAGUGGCUCAAGGGUGUGGAGAAGGCGAUGCAACAACACACCGAACUCAAGGGUACCUUGCAGGAGAAGAGGGCUCAACUGCAGAAUCACAAGAUAAUGCAUCAGGAGAUCACGUCACACCAGCAACUGGUAGAGUCAGUCUGUGAUAAGGCACAGCAACUGGUUGACCAGACACAAGACAAGAGUCUUAACAUCUAUCUGCAGAGCAUCAAACAGUUGUUCCAGAACAUUGUGUCCAAGUCACAAGAUCUGUUGGACAGCCUUGAAGAGAACGUUGACAGACAUGCCAAGUUCAGCACUGGAUGUGACAAUCUACGAGACUGGCUGGCGAGUGAGAAAGAGAAACUAGAAGAGUGUGAUGAUGGAACAGGAGAAAAGGCUGAUGUCAAGCAGCGACUGGAGGCUAUAAAGACAUUGAGAGGCAACGAAUCUGAAGGCAACAAAAAGCUGACUGAGCUACAAAGUCUAUUCUCAGUCCUCAGCAAUACAACUACAAAGAAAGGCAUUGCUUUACUGGAGAAAGAAUUGAAAAAGCUACAAGACGGACUGAAACAACAUUCCUCUCAACUUGAUUCUGUGGAAGCGAGACUAAAUGGCGUACUUGAUCAAUGGGCUGAGUUUGAGACACAGCUAGACGCUCACACCAAGUGGUUCCGAGCGACAGAAGUGGCGUUCCGCGACCAACAGCUAGCGGCUACGCUGGAACAGAAAGAACAACAGCUGGCCUCGUUCCGAGACAAACGCAAGCUGAUUGCUGACAAGGAGGCGGAGAUUGAUAUGUUUGUAGACAAGUCCAACGCUCUUCUGCACACUAGUGGAGCCGACAAGAUCAAGACACUGAUAUCUCAGAUUAACAACAGAUACCAGCUGCUACAUGUGCUCAGCAAGGAGGUGAUCAAUAGAUGGCAAGGUCUAAUGGACGACCACAAGACGUACAGAGAAAAACUGGACGAGACCAUGGCUUGGCUGCAACCACUGGAGGCUCAACUGGAGAAUCUGCGAGGAGAACCUUCUCCAGACGCUGUGGCAAAGCUGCAGUCUCUUGUUUCUGAGACAGAGCAGGCACCUCACCGUCUCACCUCACUGACCACGGCUGGCGAGAGACUCUACCCUGACACUGCUGCAGCUGGACGAGAGAUCAUCCGUCAGCAACUGCGGGAGAUAAGAGACAGAUGCGACGCUCUAAGUGAAGGUGUAAAGGAACAGUUGAAGAUUCAGGACGCCAAGGCGACACAGUGGUCAAGCUACCAGGAGACACUGCAGGCUAUGCUGUCCUGGCUAGAGGGUGUGGAGAAGAGUUUGGACCAGGACACUCUUGCAGCGCUGACUGCUCCUCAGGAGAUCAGGGCGAAGCUCAUAAAAUACAAGACGUCUCUUCAAGAAGUCCUGUCACACAAGCGCAUCCUAGAAAUGUUGAGUGAGAAAGCGUCUGCGCUAGACUCUGGCGCAGGUGCAGGAGAGUUGGCAACAGUGCAGGGUAUUAGCGAGCGCUACGAACAGCUCGUGGAUCGUCUGCUGAGGACCAUCACCCAGCUGGAGGACUCCCUGGACGUGUUUCAACAGUUCACAGAACUCACCAAGACACACCAAGACAUUCAAAAACAGCUGUGGGACCGGCUGUCUUCCUACACUGAUUACAGUGGCAACAAGCCCACUAUAGAGGCUAGACUAGCCAAGGUAGUGGAGGUUCAGGAUGGACUACCAGAAGGUGUGACAAGGCUGCAGCAGCUAGAACAACAUCUGACAACCAAACAAGAGAAGAUCCCUGUCAGGGCCAAGGAGACCAUGGAGCGUGAGCUCAACAACCUCAAAUUUGACCAUGGUAAGCUGACCACAGCCGUGGGCGAUGUGAAGCAAGGCUUGGAAGGUCGUCUCAACCAAUGGAACGAGUACGACAGCUCCAUGGAGAGACUGCUCGCUUGGCUGACAGAGUCGGAGAUGGCUCUUAAGAACUACACCACUCUCAAUACAGUGGAGGAGAAGCAGGAACAGCUGGGGAAAUAUCAGGACCAGAGUAAGCUUAUUGACUCGUACGAAACAGAGAUGGCGGACACGGUUACACUGGCCGAUCACUUGGAGCAAUCAAUGUUGGUAAGCCUGCGCCAGAAUGAAGCGGAGUUAGACAAGAUGGCCGAUCAAUCGUCAGAGUUGGUACAACUGUCAGGAGAGGCCAAGAUAUCCGUCAAUGUUCAACAGAUCACCUCUCGUUUUCAGUCCAUCCAGACGACUGCAAAGGAGAUUGUCAAGAAGUGUGAGCAAGCCGUCAGUGACCACAAGGCAUAUCUUGGCAAACAUCGAGAGUGUCUAGAGUGGCUUGGCAACGCUCAGACUCGUUACCAGUCUUGUUGUGACGCGUCUGCCUCCGCUACUCAACAGGAGUUGGUGGAUCGUAGUGGCAAGCUGCGGACGCUGGUGAGUGAGCGACAAACAGCAACGUUGUUGUUGCAUGGCACUGUGGAGGCAGGGGAGAAGUGUUACCCAACAACAGCUGUUGAAGGCCGAGAGGUCAUCAGGUCACAGCUGGAGGAACUGCAGACGACGCUAGACACUCUGUACGAUGGAGUGUCCAGCCUGGAGAGGGAACUGCAGGCCAAGUUGUCCAGGUGGAGUGGCUUUGAAGAGUGUUUGGAAGCAUUGUUGAAAUGGCUGAAGGAAGCAGAAGCUUCUCUACCAAAUGAACCUGAGCUGAAGGCAACUUUAGAUGAGAAGAGGGCCCAGCUGCAGUUAUAUAGAGCCGUUUUACAUGAUGCAACCAUCCACAAUCAAGACAUUGUUGAGUUGAGGGACAAGAUUGAGUCGCUCCCAGAACACAACGCCCAAGUAGAACAACAACUGGCUGCCAUAACAGCUCAACACGGCAAGAUACUCAACCGAGCUCAGGAGUAUGUGCAGCAGUAUGAGGAGAUAGUCAGCAACCACCAGUUGUACAGCAAGGCAGUGAUGGAGGCUCAGGAAUGGCUAGAUGCUACACACAACACUGUGUUGCUGUGGGGUGACACGGAGUUGGAGCGGAUAUCUCUGCAUACCAACCUGGAGAGACUCAAGAAUCUUCAAACAUCUCUGCCAGAAGAGGAGCCGAGAAUCACAGGCAUCAAGACAAUGGGAGAGAAGGUGCUUCCAGGAACAGUGGACUCUGGACAAAUCAACAUCCGGGCACAGAUAGACUCUUCCCAACAGGAGUGGGAGGGACUACAAUCUGCUGUCAAGUCCACAAUGGAAGCGUUGGAAGCUAAGCUACAACAGUGGGCCGACUAUGAAACACUCAAAGACCAAUGUCUUGCCUGGUUGAGAGAAACAGACACCAAACUACACACAGUUGAUCUCAAGGCUACUUGUGCAGAAAAACAGAAACAACUGGAGGUUCUUAAGGCUCUGCAAGGUGAGGUUGUGGCCAAAGAGUUGGAGAUGGACACAGCGACAGAGAGAGCUCAGCAAUUACAUAAGGGUGGGUCUCGCAACACACAGAUAGCCGAGCUGGCACAGAAAUACCAACAGCUGUCUGCCAAGGUCAAGGGAUUGAACACCAGGUGGCAGCAGUAUGUCAGCAGCCAUCUUGAGUUUGACUCUCACAUUGCCGAGACUUCUCGUUGGCUCGAGAACAUAAAAAAUAAACUGCAAUAUUGCUCGGAUCUGAGCGCUUCCUCUCAGAAAGACCUUGAGGAGAAGCUGGACACGAUUCAGGAUUUACUGCUGUACAAGGAUGAAGGGUUUAGCCGCAUCCAAACGUCAGUGGAGCUGGCGCAGACAGUGUUAGCCAACACUGCACCAGCCGGACACCAGACGAUCAACCAGGCACUGGCUGACCUGCAGGAGCAAUGGAGCAACUUGGCGUCCAAGAUGGUGGAGACUAAGACAAUCCUGGAUGAGUCCAUACACAAGUGGGCUGGAUUCCUGGAGAACAUUCAGCAACUCAACAAGACUGUAGAGUACUUGGAGGCUUCCUACGCAGAGAUUCUGCCCUUCCAGACAACCAUGACAGAGAAACGUGCCCAGCUGGAGCGUAUCAAGCAUCUGGAUGAGAAGGUUCGCUGUGAGAUGAUCGAAGUGGAGGGUCUCAAAGCGAAGGCCUCUGAGAUGCUGGCGAGCGGACAACAGAGUCACGCAGCCUCUCAGGCUCAGGAGAUACUGCACAAGUUUGAUUCACUCGCCAACAAGAUCAAGAGUCUACUGGGCGAGCGAGAGGACCAAUGUAGAGACCACAGGGUGUACAAGGAAGCUCAUGACGAGCUAGUGUGUUGGCUGAACAGGGCAAGAGAGAAGAUCCCGUCCAUGAAGCAGCGAUCUCUCAGUGACAAGCUGGCUCUGGAACAAGCAGUGGCACCACUGGAACAACUGUACAACAAACAGGCCCAAGGAGAGCUGCUGGUAGAACACAUGCAGAACACAGGAGAGGUAGUUCUAGCCAGCACGAGUCCAGAGGGUCAGACACUCAUCAGGAAUGAGAUACGAGCGCUCACUGAGAGCUUUCACAAUCUGUUUAAUGAAAUCAAGCUGCAGAAGGAGCAGAUGGAAGCCAUGGUGGUUCAAUGGAGGGAUUACAAAGAUGAGUAUGAGAGAUUGUCUGACUGGCUGCAGCAGAUGGACAUUCUAGUUAAGGCGCAGAAGAAUGCAUUGUUGGCGACCGUACAGGAGAAACAGAAACAAGUAAAGGACACACGGGAUGUGCUUGAUCAGCUAGAGAAAGGUCAGGAUCAGAUUGAAAGGUUCAACCAGACAGCUGCAGUGUUGCUGUCUUCACAUCUCGACACUUACGUCAACAACCAAUUGAGACAUCUCAACUCUAGAUAUCAGGUGCAAGUCAAUCUAGCAAAAGAUGUGUUGAAGAAGGUAGAGACAAACCACGAACAACACAAGCAAUACGAGGACAAUCUACACAAGGGUCAGGCGUGGAUCGAGAACGCCAAAGAAGUGAUAAGGAGAUGCAGUCAAGCAUCAAGCAAUGCUACCAGAGAACAACUAGAGACCAGGCUGGUGCAGAUACAGGAGCUUCUGCGCAAUCGAGAAGAAGGUCAGAGUUUGGUUCACGCCACGGUCAACUGUGGGGAGAAAGUACUGAGAAACACUCGAUCUGAUGGAAGAGAAGUCAUCAACAACCAGCUCAAGGAGAUACAGAACGAGUGGGAAAGAGUUGUACGCAAGAUUUCCACUGCUAAGGUUUACCUAGAGACAAGUCUGCUACAAUGGGCUGACUACUCAUCUUCAUACUCUCAACUGCAACAGUGGAUAACAGACAGAGAAGCUAAGCUGCAACAAGUCUGUGAACAAAAGGUGACCAAAGCCAAGAAAGGCCAGACAGGGUCAGGUCUGAGCUCGUUGGCUAUCGGAGAGCGCAAGGCGACUCUACGGCAGACCAACAGUAUCAUGCAAGAUAUUGUCAGCUUCCAGCCGAUGAUUCAGUCAGUGACCAGCAAAGCGGAGGAUCUACAACAAGCGGCUCCAGCCAGUGAAAUCAGCAGCAAGUACGAGAGCCUUAGCAAGACGGCUCAAGAACUGUAUGCCAAACAGAAGGAGACUGUAGAGCAGCACCAAGCGUUCAUUGACGCAGGGAAUGACUUUGGCCAGUGGUUGAGAGCGGCCAAGGAGAAGCUUGGGAAGUGUGCUGAGCCGACAGGAGACAAGGAGACGCUCAGUGGCAAACUGUCUCAACUCAAGGUGUUGCAGAGUGAAGUGCCAGUGGGUGAGGAGAAGCUGCAGAAGGCUCUACGCCAGGGAGAGGUGACCUGCGCCGUGGCCGAGCCUGAAGACAAGGAGGUGAUUGAGGAGGAGGUGGCAAUACUACAGGAGGAGUUUGACAACUACACGGACAGUCUGCAGCGGACCAAGACACUGCUUGAGGAGGGCAUUGUCAAGUGGACAGAAUAUGAGGAACAACACAAAGAAGCAUCGGAUUGGUUGAACCAGACGGAGACACUUGUCAGAUCAUACAACAAGCUGCAAGACAGCUUGGAGGAGAAGAAGAACGUCCUGGAACAGUUUCAAGUCCACUUGCAGACUCUGUUUGAUUGGCAGAAAGAACUCGACCGUCUCAACAUGAAAGCACAGACCCUGCUGGAGACGUGCGCAGACACUCGUAUCUCCAACGCUGUCACACAAAUGACCACCAAGUACAACGCUCUGUUGUCAUUGGCCAAGGAGAUGAUGAGGAGACUGGAACUGCACUACCAGGAGCAUCAGCAGCACAGCACAUUGUACCAAGAGUGUCAAGACUGGGUGGACCGCACCAGAGACAAGGUCAAUGAAUGCAUGGAGAUUCCAACUACUCUGACAGAAGUGAACAACCGACUGCAGAGUGUGAAAGCAAUAAGACAAACAUUGGAACAAGGACAGAACCGGCUCAGAUAUGCUCUUGAGCUGAAGGAGAGAGUAAUCCUCAACACAGAAGUCAAUGGAGCUGCAAAGAUACAAGAAGAUACAGACACUCUCCAAGCAGAGCUGGAAAAACUGGUGUUGGAUGUACAGGAUGUGAGACAGAAGUUGACCAACAGAGCCUCGCAACUAGAGGAGAUCCACAAAGCCAACAAACUGCUCUCUGAUUGGCUGAAAGAGCUGGAGAGUAAAGUCACUUCAGACGACAACAACGAUCUACUCUACAACGACCUCAGUGAGAAACGAGCCAACCUUGAGAAGUUCCGUUCUCUACUGAGGGAGAUUGCCAGCCACAGUGAACUGGUUGAGAGAGUCAGAAGUCGGCUUGCUGAUGAUCCUACACUACCUACAAAGGACUUCCAGCCCAACCUGGACAAAUACAAACAACUUCAAGACACAGUGACCAACAACGUCAGCCUACUAGAGGGUUACGUAAAGGAACAUGAGGCUUACCACAACGCACACCUGGAGGCUCUAGACUGGGUCCGCAAGACUAGAAUAUCUGUGCAGCAAUGUAGCGACUGUCAUGGCGAGAAACAGGCAACAGUGGACAAACAGUGGAAGAUCAACGAUAUUGCCAACACCCUUCCUAUAGGAGAGGGAUUGGUGCAGAAGGCCAUUGCAGCCAGUGAGACAGUGUUUGCGUCUACUCGGCCUGAAGGUCAAGAGCCUCUGAGACAGGAGACUCGUCAACUGACAUCGGACUGGGAAAGUCUGCGGAACUUGAUCUCAGACACUCAGCGGACACUCGCCAAGUGUCUGACCGCUUGGAACGACUUCAACAACGCAAGGGAACGUAUGAAAACAUGGCUAGCCACCUUUCAGAAAAAGGUGGAUGCAGAGACAGACGAUGGGGACACCAAGACUCCCGAGGACUUGCAUCGUUGUCGAGCUCUCCUGGAGGAGGUGCAGGCGCAGAAACCAUCCGUGGAGGAGCUGAAUGACAGAUGUGAGGCACUCAUGGAACUAAGCGCUUGUCCUGGAGUGCGAGACGAGACUGUACAACUGCAGAGCGCCUACACUAACCUGCUUACUAGUGUACAGGGGUUGGUAUCCAGAGUAGAGAAGAACCUGUCGGACCACACAGAGUUUCUGAAGGCCAAGCAGGAGGUGGAGGACUGGUUGUCUAGAGCUCACGGAACAGUCAAGGACUGUAUAGGUUCCGGAGACCUCGGCUGGGCCAGGGAUAAACUGGACACGAUCAAACUUGUCGCAACACGCAUCACUGAAGGUCAACAUCUCAUGUCCGGGAUGCAGGAGGUGUUCAGCCGAGCUGUCAACACAACUCCAAGUGAUCAGCAGGAGUCCCUGAGAGAUGCAAUGACAGUGCUGCGUAACAGCUGGGACCAGCUCAAUAUGGAUCUAAACUGUGUGACAGCUCAGCUCAAGGCACUGGUUGCCCGUUGGGACGACUUUUAUGACUCCAAGGGCAAACUGGAGACUUGGCUGGGUGAAACGGAGGGGCGACUGGCCGAGAGACCCAACACGAAAGCCGAGUUGGGCGAGAUGAAGACGUUACUUGAGAGGUUCAAACACAUUCAUGAGGAGAUAGAGUCCCGCCGGCCAGACUUGGAACACUUGCUAGAGGAGAGUGAGGAGUUGAGUCAGUGUGUGAAGAAAGACGAUGUCAAGAGAGAAGUGAAGGCUUUGGAGGCUCGCUGGGAGAAACUAGACGCAGACUGCAAGGUGAAGAGAGAGUCAGUCGAGCGAGAGAUACAAGAACACUCCACGUAUCAACAGUCACUGCAGGAGACUGAGAAGUGGCUGCUGCAGAUAUCCUUCCAGCUGAUGGCUCACAACUCUCUCUACAUCACCAACAGGGAGCAGACACAGGAGCAGAUCAUCAGUCAUGACGCACUGCUGGCCGAGAUACAGAGGUACCAAGCUAAGCUGGAUGAGUUGAAGGCUAAGGGCCACAGCCAGAUAGAGAGGUACCCGGACAUUGGAGCUGUGAUAGAGCAGCAACUGUCUAAUGUACAGGACAGCUACAACUCACUACUACACACUGCUCAGCAGAUUAAGGCUCGACUGGUAGACUCAUUGGCCAAGUUCCAGCAGUAUGAGGACACACUGGAGAGUAUCAUGGCCAACCUGGACGAGUGUGAGCCCCUGGUGACACUGAAGGUAGACGACGGACUUUCACUAGCGGAGGCACAGGAUCAGCUGGAACAAGCUAGGGUGUUACACAACAGGCUACAGGGUGAAAAGUCCCGACUGGCUGUUGCAGUACAAGCCUGCGAAGCUGCGGCUGCUUGUAUCUCUCGCCCCUCGUCACCCCAGGACCCGGCCCACGCACCUAUACCUGACAAAGAGAUCGCUGUUAGGAUACGUCUCGAGGACCUUAUAGAUCAGAGCCAAGUAAAGGACGAAGAACCACAAACAAUUCGUCUCCAGAAACUGCUUAAGAGGUUGAGAGAUGAAGGGUUCAUUGACAAAGUAAACCUUGAGAUAGAAAAGGCGCAAAAUCGUUUGUCUGCGUUGACGUCUGCUGUCUCUGAAUUAGAAGAGAAGGACCGCCAACUCGCAACAUUGGGACAAUGGGUUGCAGACCAAAAGAAUCAGGUGACAGAGUGGCGAGCCAAGCCAGCCAAGUUGAAGGCCGACACAGCUAGGUCAGAGUUGGCAGCCAUGCAGGAGCUGUUGGUGACACUGGGUGAUAAGAAGUUGAAACUGACAACAGAGAUGUCCGGAUCACCACCUGAGAUUGAGACUCAGCUGGAUAGCCUAGAGACUUUGUUGAUGGAGACACUAGCCAAGAAGCAAGGAGAGCAGAGCCUGAUAGACGAGUACCGAGGCUCGCUGUCCAGUACACAGGCUUACCUGGACACUCUGGCCAAGAAAGUAGAUUCAGCGGAGAAGGGCAGUGGACUGGACUGCCAACAUAAGCUGGCCACUCUAGCUGAGGUUGGUAAUGAACUGCAGGAGAAGGCUUUGCCAAAGGUGGAAGAAGUGAAGACUUUGGCCAACAAUGUGAUUGCAGUAGUCAGUAACCUGGACUCCCAGCAGAUUGAAGACCAGGUUAAGGCCGUUGAGAGGCGAUACAACGACCUUGCCAAGAGAGUGCAGCGCAAAGCACAGGUGUUGGCGACCACGCACAAGGGUGCGGAGGCUGCGCAGGCGGAGAUAGGACAGGCGCGGGAGUGGGUCAGGGAGAAAAUGGUGUAUGUGACGGCGCCUCCGCCACUUGGCUAUGAAAACAAAGCUACCGAGGAACGGCAACAACUGCUAAAGGUCUUACUGAAAGAAGCUGAAGGCAAACAAUUACUAGCAGAGUCGGUGGACAAGCGAUUGCAGGCUCUUGCUAGCGAGCUGGAGCCUAGCGAAGUGCAGCAGUUGGGAGGCAGCAUUCGCUUGUUGGAGACUGAGGUUGGUGAGCUGAACAAGGGCUUGAGAGGAGAGAUUGAACGAGUUGGAAGUGCAGCAGGUCAGAGGAAGCAGUUUGAAGACAAGUUGGCCGCUGUGCAAUCAGCUCUGCGAGACUUGGCGUCUGAGGAUCUCGAUCCGAUAAAAGAACAACCACUGACAGCGGCUGGUGUUGAGAAAGAACUUGAUCACUACAAGACUUAUGAAUCGUCCUUGAAGAAGUUCGGAGACAAUGAGCUUGGUCCAUUACAGAAGCAAGCCAACGCUCUCAUUAAGGAUUGUGAUGAGGCUGACAAAGCCAAGCUACUCGCUGUUAUUCAAGGUUUGGUUAAGGAGCACGAAGGGCUGCAGAAGAAGUGUCGCAACAAACUGUCGUCCAUGCAGGACUUGCUGACUGGACGGCGCAAGUUUGAGGCCGAUGUCGAGGCUUGUCAGGCUUGGAUGAACGAGGCAGAGGUCGCAUUGUCAGCCGAACUGAGGACCUCCAACCUUCAACUCAUACAGGAACAACUCAAUAAGUAUACCAAACUCAAUGAGGAGUGUGUGCGUGUGGGUGAUGAUCUGAACAACCUUGACAAGGUCGGACGAACAAUGGUACUCGGAGCUCCAGACCUGCUUCAGCUGACAGAGAACCUCAACAACCUCCACGAGCGUCACGGCCGAAUUGCUGCCAACAUAAGGGAUCGCACUAAAGCUCUGGGCGAGGCGUUGCAAAAAUGUCGUCAAGCACAAGAGCGUGCCAAUGAGAGUCUCGCCAUGUUUGCUCGCAUACAGGCUGAGUUGAAGGAUCUGCAGAGACCUGUAGGCAGCAAGGUGGAGGAUGUGCAGGCAAUGCUGGAAAGCUAUCAGAAACUACUGGACGACUUGAAGAACUGGAAGAGCAACGUUGGAGAUCUGGAGGGCAUUGCUAACCUUCAGGACAUAGUUAAGCAGCAAGAAGACCUGAUCAGAGCCAUAGAGGAUCAGCUGGACAGGCUGAGGCAGCUGUUGUUGCUGAGGGAACAGUUCAUAGCGCUGAUAGCUGACAUCACAACAUUCAUAACACGCUACACUGAGGUCAUCAAGGACAUUGAGACCGGCGGACACUCUACGCAGGAGAAGAUCAGGAAAUAUGACGAUGUUAUAGUGAAGAUCCAAGAGUGUGAGGCCUUGCUGGCCGCAGCCACCGAUAAGGGUGAACAGAUCGCUGCAGAAGGUUCCGCAUCAGACCGCAACAUGGUGACGGAACAGCUGCAGAGUCUGAAGCAACAGCUGACUGCACUGCGAAGAGCCGUGGAGAGACAGAGGCAGCAACAUGAAGCUGCUGCGGCGGAACAUCUCAAGCUGGCUGCGGAGCUGGACACAAUACUGGAGUGGCUGCAUAGUCACGAGGCGGAGGUCAAGUCUCGGCCACUGCUCAACAUUGAUGUGUCCAGCGUUCAGCUGGAAAUGGAGAAACACAAGAAACUAGCUGCAGAGGUGGAGAGCCACCUGGGGAGGAUAGCUGCUGCACAGGAGUCAGUGAAGCAUGAGGAGGGGCUGCCGAUGGAGUUGACGGAACGGCUGAGUGAAGCUAACCUGCUGCUGACCACUCUUCCUCCACAACUGAGUGAGAGAGCCAAGUAUCUGGAGGACAAUAAGAGAUACCGGGAAGAUUACGAAGCUUUAGUGGAAAAACUCCAUAUUUGGGUCCGAGAAGCAGAAGCAAAGCUUGAGGCUGGCAAAGAUGGAGUGGACUUUGCAAAUAUUGCUCAUGACCUGGAAGAUCACAAGUUGUUCUUCAGUAGUGAGCCGGCAAUCAGAGAGUUGGUGUCUCAGCAGAUACAGGCAGCCAGCAACGAGAUCUGGCCUUCACUGAGCCCUACUGAGCAGGAGGAGCUGAGCCUCAAACAACAACGGCUCACACAGCUGCUCAAGAACACACUCAAUCUGGCCAAGAGCAGACAAGCUCAGCUGGAGCAGGAUGCAGAAGUGUGGCGAGACUAUCAACAGUCGCUGGACAAAGUCAAAGCUAACCUGUCCAGAGCUCAGUUCACUGACGAACCUGUCACGUCACUGGCUGGCGUCCAUUUCAACAUACAGAAGAUAGUGCAUGCCGAGAAUGACACUGAGCAUCACCAGCCAGAGAUGGAUUUGUUGACGCAGCGUGCAACUGAAAUACAGUCCAAGUCUGACGCUAAGAACAAGACAGCAGUUGCUACCGAGGUGGCUAAUGUUACGCAACAGUGGGACAAUCUUCUGGGUGAUCUCAGCAGUAGGAAACAGACCUUGCAGAAGCUGGCAAGUCAUUGGGAGGAGUUUGAGUCAAAAAUGUCUGAGUUUGAGUCACUACUAUCAACUGCUGAAGAGAAGAGCAAACACAUAGACACCAUCGUUCGUUCCAAACCUCAGAUAACUGAAGUCAACCAGAUGAUCCAGGAAUUCCUGAAGGAUGUGAAGGGUUACCAGUCACAACACGAGGAGGUGCUGUUCCUGUCCGGAUCUGUACUGCUGUAUCUGGACACAUUCUCUCCUGCGUCCACCUCGGCCCUCAAGGAUAAACUCAACAACAUCACUGAGGCAUACAAAAGGAUAGUACAAACCCCUUGCAAUUCCAAUCGGUGGAAAUUCCAAGAUGACAGCGGAUUGAUCGAGUCACUGGAAGAGAAGGGUCUCCGGGUUCAUCAGGAUCUGCUAUAUAUAGAACAGACACAAACAGAGAUAGAAAGACUCAGCAAAGAGCUCAGUGGACUUCAGAAGGAGGCAGAGACAUUGUACGUGUUUGGUGCUGACCUAGCUGCUGCUGAGGUUGACCUUAAGAAUUUAGAAGAAAGAGUGAAAGACUGUGUGGGAAGAGUUGGAGGUUUGUGUUCCAGCACUCGUAAUAAGUACACAAGCACUCAGCAGCUCGUGCCUACAGACAUCGCCCAAGAGCUCACGUCACUAGAGUUGAUCUCUGAGGGCGUCCAAGGAGCAAUGGAGGAGAAAGGGCGAGAGCUCAAACGAGCGAGGACAGUUCGUACAGAGUAUGUGGCCGAUGUGGAUGAGAUCCAACGCUGGCUGAGAGAAGCAGAACUGAAGGUUCAGGAUCGCUCCAUACAACCUCACAAACUCAAGGAGUAUAUACAGCAAAUACAAAGCGAGCUGCCGAGUGUGACUGAUCGCCUCGACAGAACCAAGAGGAAUGGUCAAACUUUGCUGGAGAAGUCUCAAGAUGAAGAGGAGAAGAAGCUGAUCCAGAGUACACUCGAGUCCUUGGAGGAACAGCUGGGACUGGUUAAGUCUUGGCUGGACGAGAAGAAGACACUGGUGGGCGACACACUCGAUGCCUGGCAGAGAUUCAUGACACUCUACGACUCCGUCAUGUCCUGGGUCUCGGAGAAGAGAACAUUCCUGGUGGAGCCUCUGGCAUUGACGUCUCUACCUCAGGCGAAACAAAGGCUCCAGGACUACUCUGUCGGUGUGAAGAGCUGCAAACAAGUAACCAAGAACCUUAGUGAGAUGAGCAAAGAACUGGAGACACUGACGCAGACGACGAGUGUCGGAGAUCUGCCAGACAAGAUGGAGGAAGCGGAGGCAGCCAAGACUGAAGUGGAGGCUCUGCUUCUUGAGAGGAAUGCCUUACUCCAUGAGACCAGUGAAGAGUGGGAACAAUGUGAGAAGAAGAUGAAAGAGGUUCGCAGUUGGAUAGAGAAGGCCCGCACAAGCUUAGAGUCUGCUCCGAACAAGAAACGACCAAUUAGAGAUCAGCUCCUGCUGAGGGAGAAAAUGUUGGCCGACAUUGCAAUCCAGAAGUCCAAACUGUCUAUAUCCGUUGAGAAACUGCAGCUACAUUUCCGCUCUGGAGUGGAAGGUGACCCGAAAGUUACGCAGGCUGCCGAAGAGUUACUGCAGGAGUUGGAGUUGCUAUUGGCCACUGUCAAGGAGCAGACGACAGCCCUGGAGACCACCUUGCAGCAGAUAGAGCAUUACCAGCAGGAGAUUCAGCAGCUGAAGCAGCAGGUGGUGCAGGUAGAGCAACAGCUCAGAGUCGUGCUGAGUCCCACGUAUCAGCCGAAUGAUCGGGAGAAAGCCGCGGAAGACCAGAAUGCAUGUCGGGAGCGGGUCAAGGCUCUACAAGGGAAGAUUUUUGCUCGCACAGAGCGAAUCAAACUUAUGGUGCUGAGAGGAACGCCAGACUUGGAUCCUUUAAUAGACUCUUAGCAUCUGUCACUGCUCAAACGCUCGAC